GUCGACUCUCACGGAGCAAGAUGGCGGAGGAGCCGGAGUCGGUGCUGCAGCUCCCACCCCCUGCUGCUGCUGGCUGCGAAGGACUUACGGAGGUUUCCCCAGAAACCGUCACCCCUGAACCCCCUUCUUCCGCUGCAGUGUCCCCGGGGACAGAGGAACCUGCCGGAGACACCAAGAAAAAAAUUGACAUCCUUCUGAAGGCUGUGGGAGAUACCCCUAUUAUGAAAACGAAGAAGUGGGCUGUAGAGCGGACCCGAACCAUUCAAGGACUCAUUGACUUCAUCAAAAAGUUCCUUAAGCUAGUGGCCUCUGAACAGUUGUUUAUUUAUGUGAAUCAGUCCUUUGCCCCUUCCCCAGACCAGGAAGUUGGAACACUCUAUGAGUGUUUUGGUAGUGAUGGUAAACUGGUCUUACAUUACUGCAAGUCCCAGGCCUGGGGAUGAACCACAAAGAAAAACAACUUGCAACGGAAUCAUCCCAAAGGAAAAAGUCCUGAAAAGCUUUGGUGUUUGUGGCCAAAGAUUUUAAGGAUAAUGACCUGCUAUCAGCUUGUAUCUACUGCGACCAGUUGUUUAUGCACAAGAAAUCAUCUAGAGUAGAUGCCCCAAAAUGGAACUUGUAUUCAUAUGCACCACAUCAUGGAAGAUUAGGGUAUACCAAUUGCUGCUACAAUCAGUGAUCCAGACCUGCCUCCAAGGAACUGAAGAGGAGAUUAAGGAAAUAUAAAGCUUUCCGUAUUACAAGUUCUCAAAAUGACAAGACAGCUUGCUGCUGCUGUAUUAGCACUCUUUUGUUUUGGGUUGUUUUCCAUCCAAAAGUUUAUUUACUAAAGAGUUGGUGUUUUAGUUUCUGUUUGUUUUUAUCUAUUCUAAGAAAUUUGGUUUGCCUGUGUCUUGUCUCAUUUUCACUUAUAGCUACUGUGUUACUGUAAAAGAAAGUCAUGUUCACCUGCUGCUUUUAUACCUUUCCUAGACCAGAGGGGGGCAGUCAAUCCCCAAGUAGAUUAGGCAGCAGAGCAGUUGAACUUCUUUGCCAGCAACAAUGAAGGGAGAGGAAAAGGAAUGCCCACUACUUUUUAGUAAACAGGCAGGAGAGCAGUUUUGACAAAUUCAAAGAAUGUCGUAGAGAAUGAAAGUCUAUUGUUUAAAAUGAAGUAUUUUCUUGGGAAACAAUGUACAAAUUCUAGAAAAAUAACUCUCAGCUCUUUUCAGUCCUGCCGUGUCAUGAUUCUUGAUGGCACUGUAAGUACUCAAGUAAUCUUAGCAACGUAUUUUGAGUUUUACGUGGUGUAUUUUCCAGCCUGAAAGCCCUCAAAGAAUAGUUGAAACAUAGCCUUGUUUUAUAUUUUUGUAUGUAUUUCAUGCUAUAAGACUCAAAGUACCUUCAUACUAAUGGUAUUAGAUAGUUGCUGAAAGGGCAAUUUGAUGUACUCCUUUAUUUUGUAUUAUGCUUGUAAUGCAACUUUUUAAAAAUAUCCCAUUCAACUAAACAAAUGGGCUCAGAAAAUAAAUAACAUCACUGUGAGUUCCAUGCUUGUUUAAAAAAAUCAUCCAUGUGUGACCAGUCAGCAUUUACCCUAAAUCAAAGAUACGAGAACAAACAGAUGUGACUUGGAAGAAAUACAACUGGACUGUUCCUUAGAAGCAAAGAUGGUAACAUUUCAUCUCACAUGCAUUGGACGUGAUAUUAGGAAAGACCAAUCCUUGGAGAAGGACAUGCUUGGUAAAGUGGAACAGCGGCAAGAAGGAAGACUCUUGACCAGAUGGGUUUGCACAGUGGCUCCAACAGUGGGCU